GCGAAGGCCCUAUUAGGUCUUGUCUAUGACUUCAUUGAUUGUGCUAUGGCCAGCACAUCCGAGUCUCCACCAUUCAAUAUCCCACAUGUACGCUUCAUCAAGGCCGGCCUUGCACUAUCUUUCUUUCCAGGUGGUGGCAAGCCUUCAUUGAAGACUGGUACAACACGUGCAGUUUUCCUCCUUGAGGAAGUUAUUGAUUGCGGAGACAGAGAUAAGGGUCAUGAUUUCACCAAGUUUAUUCAUAAUAUGGACCCAAACCCGCUGCUUGACCCAGAAGACUAUGGCUAUGACUUUGCAUUAUUUCUGGCCUUCACGCAGCAUGUACAGUAUAUGAAAACCAGUGGCCUUGCUUUCAUCUCUGACUAUCAAGGCAAUACUGGGCUCUUAACAGACCCACAAAUUAUGACGGACCCAUCAGUAAGUGACAGUGACGAUAUAUUCGGGGAGGGGAACAUUAGCAAGGCGGUUAGUGAAUUUGAGAAGUGUCACAUCUGCAAUGACUUCUGCAGAUGGCCAGGGUUUGCGCUCAAGACAUUUGAGGCUUAA